UAUCUAGUAAUCCAAGAUUUGUCAUUUGUCAUUUGUCAUCUGCCUAAUUAACGAAGAGGUUACACCAAGGGUCUGGUUAUCACACAUAUAUCAAUACAUAUAUGUCAGAUUAAUCUUAAUUAUGUACAUGCUUUUGAUAUUUAAAAUAAAAUAAAUAUAAAUUGAGAAUUCUUUUUUGUGACAAAAAAAAGAAAUAAAAAUAAAGAUAAAGUAGCAAAAGAGCAACUGACAUUUGCCGAGGACGUUGCCGAAGAUGUUCUCGAGUGGGCCGAACUAUACGAAGUUAAAGACGCAUUUACGUUUAGCGAUUAACCGGUUAAAAUUACUGGAGAAGAAGAAGACCGAGCUGGCACAGAAGGCACGUCGAGAGAUCGCCGAUUAUAUUGCCGCCGGCAAAACAGAGCGCGCCAAAAUCCGCGUGGAAUACAUCAUCCGCGAAGAUUAUAUGGUAGAGGCGAUGGAAUUGCUCGAGAUGUAUUGCGAUUUGCUGCUUGCACGUUUCGGUCUAAUUCAGCAGAUGAAAAACCUCGAUGAUGGUUUAGCAGAAGCAAUAUCUACUAUUCUUUGGGCAGCACCUCGUAUUCAAACAGAUGUGCAGGAAAUCAAAGUGAUAGCAGAUAUCUUGACAUCCAAAUAUGGCAGACAAUAUACAGAAGCAUGCCGGGAGGAAGCAAUUCAGACAAUAUCAGAAAAAUUGAAGCAUAAGAUGGGUGUGCAAUCACCUUCAAAACUGCUCGUGGAGAAAUAUUUGAUAGAAAUUGCUAAAAAUUACAAUGUGGAUUAUGAGCCAGAUCCGCAAGUGAUGGCAGAAGCCCAAGAUGCAAUGUUAAUUGAUAUAGGAGCUAAUGGAGGAGAAUCGAGAAACAAUCUAGACACUGCCAGUGGAGGAAUGCCUCACCCACCUGGCUUUAUAGGUUUCCCACAGGCACCUUUGUUACCUGAUCCUGGAUCUCUCUCAAAUGUGGAUUCAGAAAAAGGUACUUCAUCUAUAGGAUUUGUAUCACCAAUGUCUCCACUUUCGAUUGAGAAAGAUCAGAAUACUCCUUUUAAUCCUACUUCAUUUUCGUAUAACAUACCUUUGGAUAAUGCUAAUUCGAAUAAACACGAAGAUUUACCACCACCAUACCAAUCUGAUUUUCCACCUGACUUAAACAAACAGUCGGAUGAAAAACCGAAACCUCAACCAAGAUCUAAAAUGCCAAUGAAUAACUACGAGCUCCCAGAUCUACCGGCAGUGCCAACAGAGAACAAUGAUCCGUCUGCAAAUCCUCCCGAGAACGAUGAUAUUGAUUUUGAUGAUUUGAUGAAACGAUUUGAAGAUUUAAAGAAAAGGAAGUAACGCUCAUUGUAUAUAAAAAUAAUAUUUGACAGAUCUUUCUAUUUUAUCAUCGCGAAAGGAUAACUAUGUAUUUAGUAAUGCCUUUUAUAAAAAAAAGGUGUAUUAUAUACAAAUAUAUAAAACAAUCUAUAUAUGCUUUUAUGAUGAGAGAAAUGAAAAUAAUAUAGUUAUCUAUAUAAGAAUUCAGUAUAUACGGUAUAUAUACAUGUUAUAAUAUUAAUGAAAACAUUAAUAAUAUAUUAAUUUAUUAUAUAUCUUUGUACAAUCAUUAUAGUCUUAUAGUUAUAAUCCUAUAUGCUUCUCAUAAUAACUGUAUGUAGUAUUUUUCCCCAAAUCACAUUUUUAUAAGAAUAAUCGAUUUCUUCUACUACUUUUUCUUUUGUUUACAGUUUAUUAGCUAAUUGAACAUUAAAAUGUAUGUACAAUAUUAAUUAUGCC